GAAACGAGUGCAUGCCUGUGUCAUUUUCUAGGUUAGGAUGUCCGGACGGUUCAAGGUGGAGAAAAACACUCCGAUUGUGAAACUCGAUUGUAUCAGUGCGUUUGAAGGGUUGAAUGAAUCUGAAAAAAAGUAUUUGUACUGGUUGUCUAAAGCCUCGAAUGAUGGUGCCCUGAUUUGUGCUUUGCAAACGUCAGUUGAAAGCCCAGAAAUGGUAGUGUUACUGUUCAAGAUAUUGAAAGAUGAGAAGUUUGCCGUAUCUCUGAAAACGAGAUCAAUGACAGACCCGGAUAUCAAUGCUUUCUUGAUAUACUGCGCUGCCGUUCUGUCAAAUAUCGGCAACUACAAAUCGUUUGGGGAUACUAAAAUUGUUCCUGAUAUUAGUAAAGAAUCAUUUGAAAAAAUUAUUCAAUCUAGUGAUUCCUAUGGCGAAGUAGAAUCACUUUGGGUUGUUAUACGUGAUCAAAUUUACGAGCUGACGGAAUCAAAUUCACAUCUUUGUUAUGGAAACUCAACGUACCUUUCACACAACUGCACACAGCAAGACGCUGAAACAGUUCAGAAAUGUCUUGACGAGAACGAUAUAUCUGCUUAUAAUACCAGGCUUCGUAAAGAUCGUGCAAAUAAUUUCGUAGUAAUGGUUGCAUCGAUAGAAAAUGGAUCAGCAGAAACAGUCUCAGUUUCAAAUGAAGUCUCUAUUGUCACUGAAAAAGGUGAUUUUUCUCCUCUACUUCAUCGUGUCAAUAAAAGCUUAGAAAAAGCUAAAAUCUAUACUAAGAAAGAAGUUGAACAGAAAAUGCUGGAAAACUAUAUUUUGAGCUUCCAAACGGGGUCAGUUGAAGAUCAUAAAACUGGUUCCAGGUUUUGGGUGCAAAACAAAGGCCCUGUAGUUGAAUACUACAUCGGCUUCAUUGAAAACUAUCGCGAUCCAUUCGGGAGUCGAGCCGAAUUUGAAGGGUUUGUUGCUGUCGUUAAUAAAGAAAGAAGCAAGAAGUUUGCUGCUUUAGUAGAAAUGGCACCGACGCUGAUUGAAAAACUUCCCUGGACCAAAGAGUUUGAAAAGGACAAGUUCCUGGAACCUGACUUUACAUCCUUAGAUAUCAUAACAUUUGGAAGCAGUGACGUUCCUUCGGGAAUAAAUAUUCCGAACUAUGACGAUAUCCGGGAAAGAGAUGGCUUUAAAAACCUUGAUCUGGGCAAUGUUCAAAAUGCAACUCCAAAAAACGCAAGAAUACCGUUCCUGAAUGAAGAAAACGUCAAGUUCCUGAAACAGUGGAAGGAAAAAGCGUGGGAAUUGCAAACUGCGCUUCAUGAACUUUUGGGUCAUGGAAGUGGUUUGCUUUUCAACAGUGAAAACACGCCAGUUGCUCUGAAUCCCAUAACUGGCGAAGCUGUUAAAUCUUUUUACGAGCGCGGAGAAACGUACGAUAGCAAGUUUGCGUCAAUCAGUUCGGCUUACGAAGAGUGUCGAGCUGAAUGUGUUGGUUUAGUGCUUUGUACAGAAAUCGAUGUUCUGACAUUGUUCAGUUAUGUAGAUUUGAAUGCCCAAAAUGACGUUGUUGUCAUGAAUUACCUACAGUUCGCGUAUGAUGGUCUGCGAUCGCUCGAGUUUUACGAUCCAGCCAAAAAGUCGUGGGGCCAAGCUCAUAUGCAGGCUGCAUUUGUGAUCAUGCAGUUGUUUAUAGAAGCUGACGAUACGGCUGUCACUUUCGAACAAUUCAAGGACGAUAACGGUGAAGUAAACAAUGUCCAUGUUGCCUUUAAUCCUGCCAAAAUUUUCGUCUGCCAAAAUGCUGUACGCAAGUUUUUGCUCAGGUUACAAACUUACAAAUCAACAGGGGAUAUAGAAGAAGCGAGUAGAAUGUUCAACUAUUAUUCGACUCCCUCCGAGUUUCUUCUGUCUCUAAGAGAGGCAGUGUUGGCUAAUAAAGCACCCAGAAAGAUGCUUAUUCUUCCAAAUUUAGCGAUUGAUACAAAUGGCGAUGUUCAGCUCUUGUAUGAUUACGAAGAAACGCCCGAAGGUUUGAUCAAGUCUUUCGUGGACCGUUAUAAGGACGAUCCAGAAAUUAUGGAUGAUUUGCUGGCUCUCGGAGAGAAGAACAAGCUCAUGGCAUCUAGUUUUAUUAGUUAGUUUUACCACCGAUGAUCUGUGUGUACAUGUAAAAAUUGUAGAUUUGUUGUCGUGUAUUUGUCAUCUUUGAUCUCUAUCAGAUAAUAAAAAAAUCAUUCUUGCUUGUCUGAA